UCCAUAUGCCGAUAUCUCCUUGAUAGAUUUCUAAUUGGAAAAUGAAUGGAAAGAAGGGUAGUAUUACUAUAGACAUCAAUUUGAAAUCGAAUGCAGUAGCACUGGGGCAUGUCAAAAAACCUUAUGUCAACGAAUUAUCGCCCAGAAGAUGGAUUCACUAUGUGUGGAAGUUUGCCAAGGAAGACACCAACAGGGUGACAUUUGCAUUCAAAGUAGGGUUCGCUGUACUCUUGGUGUCGUUGCUCAUACUCUUUCGUGCACCGUAUGAGGUUUUUGGUACAAGCAUUAUUUGGUCCAUUCUCACCGUCGCCAUUAUGUUUGAAUAUACAGUUGGGGCAACAUUUAACCGUGGAUUCAAUAGAGCUCUAGGGAGUUUACUAGCUGGAGUGUUUGCUAUUGCAGUAAUUCAAGUAGCUAUGUCCUGUGGUCGUGUAGCUGAGCCUUACAUAAUUGGCUUUAGCAUCUUCUUAAUUGGAGCAAUAACAUCGUUCAUGAAGCUAUGGCCUUCGCUGGUUCCUUAUGAGUACGGAUUCAGGGUCACCCUCUUCACAUAUUGCCUCAUCAUCGUGUCUGGCUAUCGGAUGGGAAACCCUAUAAGAACUGCCAUGGACCGUCUCUACUCCAUUGCUAUUGGAGGCAUUGUUGCUGUCCUCGUUAACGUCCUCAUCUUGCCUAUCUGGGCCGGAGAACAGCUCCACAAGGAACUCGUCGCCUGCUUCAACUCUGUAGCUGAUUCCCUUGAAGAAUGUGUGGAGAAGUAUUUUAGGGAAGGUGGAUCAGACGAUCCUGAGUUCUCAAGGACAGUCAUGGAUGACUUCCCAGAUGAGCCAGCAUUCAAGAAGUGCAGAGAAAUAUUGAAUUCGUCAGCAAAGCUCGAAUCAUUGGCGAGCUCGGCAAAAUGGGAGCCACCACAUGGGCGAUUCAGACAUUUCUUCUAUCCAUGGCCAGAGUACGUCAAAGUAGGGGCAGUACUACGACACUGUGCCUAUGAAGUAACGGCGUUACAUGGCUGCCUACACUCCGAGAUACAGGCACCACACAAUCUACGAUGCACAUUCCAACCAGAGAUAUCAGAUGCAACGAACCACGCAGCAGAGCUCAUCCGAACCUUGGCGAAAGACAUAAGCAACAUGAAGCACAACCUGCACUCCAGUUUGCUGAAGCAACUCCACAGCUCAACAGAGCGACUCCAACGCUCCAUCGACAUGCACUCCUACCUUCUGAUCCCCUCUACCAAACCCUUCAACAUCGACGCCUCAUUCAAACUCAAAGAAUGUCCAAUGCUGGGAGAUCCAGUGCAAACUGAGUCUUACCAUGAGAGCAUGAAGAAGCAACAGAGGAAGCUUUAUUCAUGGCCUUCGAGGGAAGUCGAGGAGUUUGAAAAGGAUAAGACUGAUGCUGAGUUGAUUCCGAGGAUGAGAGCUUUUGAAAGCACUACAGCGUUGUCACUCGCAACCUUUGCAUCUUUGCUUAUUGAGUUUGUUGCUCGGAUUGAUCACUUGGUUGAUGCUGUAGAUGUUCUUGCCAAGAUGGCUAGAUUUGUAGAGGAUGAGUAGGACUCAAGAAGAGGUGGCUUAUUCUUCUUUGUAAAAGGGACAGGAACUGAGAAUUUUAACAA